AUGGCUGCAGAAAAUGAAAUAAUAGAGAAUAACAUGGAAUACUAUGAUUUAUCAGUGGAUCUUGCAGUAGGAUUGUUAAAUGACGAAGAAUAUGAUGAAAACCAUAUACUUUACAGCACUCGACCAGAAAUAUCACUGGAAUCAACAAUUCCAGACGCAGUAAGGGGAUUUAUUACAUAUUUUUAUAAUGCUUUAUUUCAAAAUAAUGUCUAUGAAUUGCAUGGUUGCUAUGAAAGUUUGUUUAAUAAGUUAACAGAAAAAUAUUAUAAAAAUACACCAUGGCCAGAUGCUGAAACGAUUUCACCUCUUGUCAAUGAUGACUCAUACUUUAUGAUAUUUUAUAGAGAACUAUAUUUCCGUCAUAUUUAUGCAAAACUCCAACCAACUAUUGAACAACGGUUUCAAUCAUAUGAUAAUUAUUGUGAUCUUUUUAAUCUCAUUCUUAAUUCAGAAGUUCCAGUUAAUCUUGAACUUCCUAAUCAUUGGGCUUGGGAUAUCGUUGAUGAAUUUAUAUAUCAAUUUCAAGCAUUUUGCAACUAUAAAAACCGUCUAUCUAAAAGAUCAGAAGAUGAAAUUCAUGAACUUCGUGAAAAUCCUCAAAUAUGGAGUACAUAUAGUGUUUUAAAUGUACUUUAUUCAUUAAUCCAAAAAAGUAAAAUUAACGAACAGCUUAUUGAAAUAAAAAAUGGAAGAGAUCCAAACAAAGUAGCGGGAGAGUUUGGAUCUCAAAACCUAUAUCGCAUGCUUGGUUAUUUUAGUAUUAUUGGCCUUCUUCGAGUUCAUUGUCUUCUUGGUGAUUUUACACUAGCACUUAAAACAAUGGAUAACAUUGGGCUUAACAAAAAGGGUUUUUUUGGAUGGGGUGGAAAUUUAACAUUAACAUUUACAGCUUAUUAUUAUGUUGGAUUUUCAUAUAUGAUGCUUCAUCGGUACAUAGAUGCAAUUAAAGCCUUUUCUCAUGUCCUUUUUAUUUCACGAACAAAACUUUAUCAGAACAGAUCAGUGCAAUACGACCACAUUACUAAAAAAAGUGAUCAAAUGUAUGCACUUUUGGCUAUGUGCAUUGCAUUAUGUCCUGUCAGAAUUGAUGACAAUCUUCAUAUAAUAUUAAAAGAAAAAUAUGGAGAACAACUUCUGAAAAUGCAGCGUGGAGGACCAGAAUGUAUACCUGUUUUUACAGAACUUUUUUCAUUUGCAUGCCCGAAAUUUAUUUCACCUCUCUCUCCAGAUUUUGACAAUAUUCUUACUACAACCACAGAACACCAACAGCAUCAUUUAAAAAUAUUUAUUUCAAGUGUAGAAAAUCAAAUGAUGCUACCUAUUCUUAAAAGUUACCUAAAAUUAUAUACAACAAUGCAUCUAGAUAAAAUUGCAUCAUAUCUUGAAAUGAGUCCAGAAAAUCUAAGAACGCUUCUUUUUGUAUACAAACAAAAAUCUAAACAAGUUAAAUGGUCUGAAGGGUCUCUAUUAAAUGGUGAAAUCAUAAAUGUAUCUGAUGUUGAAUUUGCCCUUGAAGGAAAUAUAAUUCAUAUUGCGGAAGCAAAAGCUCCCAAAAGGUAUGCAGAAUAUUUUAUACGAUGUAUUAAACAAUUAAAAAAUAUAUCUUUGAAUUGA